UAGGCUGCCGGACCGGAGCAGCUCAGCACCAACAAACAGUCGCUGGUCGCUACCCGGUGCUGAGUGCAGAACAGUCGGCGCAGCCCGGAGCCUCCUCGCCGCCUCCGCCCGUCACCUCCCUCGGCUCACGGCUGACGACAUGGCCUCGGACGGCAUGGACGAGCGGUCCCCGCUGCUGUCGGGCCCCAACUCCGGGAAUGUGACCCCCACUGCUCCCCCGUAUCUGCAAGAUUCAAGUCCCCGAGCUGAACUACCUCCUCCUUACACAGCGAUCGCCAGCCCCGACGCCGGCGGCGUGCCUGUCAUCAACUGCCGCGUCUGUGAGUCGCUCAUCAACCUGGAAGGAAAGCUGCAUCAGCAUGUGGUCAAGUGCACAGUCUGCAAUGAAGCUUCACCCAUCAAGAAUCCACCAACAGGGAAGAAGUAUGUGAGGUGUCCCUGUAACUGCCUGCUAAUCUGUAAAGACACGUCACGGAGGAUAGGAUGUCCUCGACCAAACUGCAGACGCAUCAUUAACCUGAGCCCGGUGAUGGUGAUCCCUGAGGAGCAACCUGCUCAGCCCGCUCUGCCCAUCCAACCUCAGGGCAUGAGGGUGGUCUGCGGUCACUGUGGCAACACCUUCCUAGGCAGUGAGGACGCCAGCUCAUCCCAGCCAAUGACUGGCCUCUCCAGCGACGGCUCCCAACCAGAGCAACAGCAGUGGAUGGAGCUUCGCUUUAACACGUUAGCCAAGUGUCCCCACUGCAAAAAAAUAUCCUCUGUUGGUAGUGCGCUCCCCAGGAGGCGGUGCUGUGCUUAUAUAACUAUAGGAAUGAUCUGCAUUUUCAUUGGAGUGGGCUUAACAGUUGGUACUCGGAACUUUGCCAGUCGUUACAACGCCACCUACGUGUCCUGGGCGUUCGCCUACUUGCUGGGCCUCAUCUGUCUGAUACGAGCCUGCUACUGGGGAGCAAUCAAAGUGAGCUACCCGGAGAACAGCUUCGCCUAGGGUUCAGCGCGGAUCGGCAUGGCUCGGCACGGCUGGAAGAACAAACCUCAGCUUUUACUUUUUUCAUCUUGUUCAGAUUAAACACCGGUCAUGUUCAGCAGAGUAAAACUAAUGCAGCGUCUGUUGAAGAUGUGUGUGUGUGUGUGUGAGGAGAUGUAUGUUGCAGAUGUAUCCUGUUGUAUUUGUCUCUUGAAUGUUUUUGAACUCGCUGAACAAAACCUGCUGGAUGUUGAUCAACCCUCCGACCGGUCCGCAGAGACACAAACCAUUUUCCUGGCUUUGCAGAAAUCUUCCCAAAUACAGAAACAAGAACUUCUCCUACGCUGAUUGUAACUUGAUCGUGAAGCAAACUGAUCUGGAUUUGGUUUUUGGAUCUCUGACUUAAAGGUACUCACUCGAUUUCUUUUGUUUCUGAGCAGACCAAAAUAAGAAAACCUCCUAAGAACAGUUUGCCCAUUGCACUUACGGUUUAUAUGCAAUUGUACACGUUGUUUUGCUGCUAGUUGAAACUCCAGCCACUGAAAGCUACGUAUUCAUACUGUAAUGAAACCACUUACCGCGCCUGUGUACACUGACAUAGUAUUGCUGUAUGAUUUUUAACUCUUAAAUCGAUCAGUAUUUUUUUUUUUCUUCUUUAUUAUUGUUUUUUUUUUAAGAAAUUGCCCUUAAAUACCUGUGUGUGCCAACGUUGCUGCCCAGUAUUAGUCAAGAAGAGCAUCGGAUCAACAGGAGCUUGUUUAUUUGUUUAUGAAAUGCAGCUUUUAACUCCAUAAAGCACUCAACACUCAUUUUUCUGAAUCCUCCUCCUGACUGGAUCCCUCUGCUUCCAUCACUGUGGUUGUGUUGCCGUCUCACUGGUGGAAAAAUGUGAGAUUCAAGUUUGCAUGUUGUGUUUUUUUUUUUUUUUUUUGUUUUUUUUUCAGUUCAGUGAGGUAGUUGAUGCACAUGAUGAAAUAUGAUGUCUUUGCUCUCUGCCUGUGCAUUAGAAUGUGAACCCUCCUCCUCGUCGUCCUUCUCCUCUGACCUGUCUCACUGCCCUUUGACCUCUGGUGAACUUUGUGCUAGCUCGCAUUGCUAUACAUUAAACUUAGCAUUCUGUCUCUUGACCUUUACCGGUGGGCACAGUCAGUUCAAACUUCUAACCUUGUUUUGAAUGUGAUGAUGAUGAUGAUGAUGAUGACGAUGACGAAAAAUAAUAUAAAACAAAAAAAACUCUUUGUACAUAGUUAAACUUGAGGACUUGUAGUAUGAGAUGGAAGGAUACGAUGACGAAUGGGUCUUUUUAAAAAUGAUAAUUUAUCAAUAAAAUGUAAAAACCUG